GACAUUUUUAUACAACUCAGAACUGUCUGAAGAUCACGAGAAAGUGCUUUAUUUUCUCUGUUUCCAUCGCAAAGAAGAUCGGGAGAGCCUUGCAACUCUAGAUUUCGGCUUCCCCGGUCGAUCGAACUUAGUUAUCCGACCUGCAUUCAUUGGAUCCGAUCAAACAUUUGCGUUUCUCUUCGAUUUGAAUCUGUUCUACAUUGAUGCUUCGGUGUCUGAAAAUAAAUUUUCUCCGAGAAUCUGCAUUUUUGAACCUUUUGAUGUUUUGAUAUCUGAGAUCUAUUCUUCGAUUGGAUAGAUCGUGAAACAAAACUAGUGCGUCUGGAAUAUCGAAAUUUAGAUGGAUUCGUUGUCUGCAAUUAGUGAGGAGCUAGCUGAAAUCGAUGGAAAAAUUAGUGAUAUCUUUCGCGCUCUAUCAAAUGGAUUCCAGAAAUUGGAGAAGAUUAAGGACCCGAAUAGGCAAACUAGGCAAUUGGAAGAACUUACAGAAAAGAUGCGGGAAUGUAAGAGGCUCAUCAAAGAGUUCGAUAGAGAAGUGAAGGAAGGGGAAAGUAGAAAUAGUCCAGACACCAACAGGAUGCUCAAUGAGAAAAAACAGUCAAUGGUCAAGGAAUUGAAUUCCUAUGUUGCUCUCAAAAAACAAUCUGCAAGUAAUCUGGAAAACAACAAGCGAGUUGAUCUCUUUGAUGGGCCUGGGGGUGAUGAAGAGAAUGUUCUACUGGCUUCUUCUAUGACCAAUCAACAGCUAGUAGAUAGAGGAAACCACAUGAUGGAUGAGACUGACCAGGCCAUUGAGCGCUCAAAGCAGGUUGUUGAGCAAACAAUCAAUGUUGGAGCUGAGACUGCAGCUGCUCUUAAGGAACAGACAGAACAAAUGAGUAGGAUUGUCAAUGAACUGGACUCAAUCCAUUUCUCAAUCAAGAAGGCAUCUCAACUGGUUAAGGAAAUUGGUAGGCAGGUUGCAACUGACAAGUGUAUAAUGGCCAUGCUUGUCCUAAUAGUCAUUGGAGUCAUAGCCAUCAUCAUUGUGAAGCUUGUAAACCCAAAUAACAAGGACAUUCGAGAUAUUCCUGGGCUUGCCCCACCAGCUCCAGCUCGGAAACUUCUUUGAGAUCCAAUUAGAGUGCAACAAGUGAACCAAUGAGGCUGUUGAAAAGAUGUGUGGUACAACUAGGAUGUGUGAGAAUUUUUUUUAUCUCAGUUUUGUAUAACACAUUGAAGGUGUAUCAUCCAAUACCAACAAGCAGAUUAUGAAACACAAGUUGCUGAAGCCAAUGCCUGCUCAACAUGGUCAAGGUCUUGGUUUUCAAUCUUUUUGUCCGACGAAGCAGUUCCGACCACACAGGGCCGAAAUGAGUGAGUUGUUCUUUGUGAUGAUAUAUGAUUGCAGACCUAGUUGUAUAUUUUGAUUGAGAUGACCUCGUAGAAUACAAUGAUUUCUCUACUA